CCGUGUUUCAGCGCCACCGCUCGCUGUCAUUCGUCCAAAGACGAGCCAGCCGGUGCGAUCGUGGCGCUGGCGGAGUGGAGCAGCGAGAGCCGCAUGUAAAUGAACACCUCCACCUCUGCCGUGGUCACCUGAGGAUCUGAGCGCGGAGGCAAAUCCGCCGUCCCGUCCGCCUUCGACCCAGAGGAGGAGAGCCGACCUUUUGCCGUUGAGAUUAGAAGAAAGAAAGAAAGAGAAAAAAAAAGAGGUUAAACUGCACUAGUUUGGAGUCGAUCGCUGUCCUCUAGCCGCUGCCUGGUGGCGUUUCUCGUUACAACACGGAGAGCGCCUCUCUGCCACCCCCUGCUGACCAUGCGCAGUGUGAGCGCCGUGCUGCUGGCGCUCGCCGCCGCCACCCUCGGCUCGGCCGACUCGGACGCGCACAGACCGAGACACGACUCCAACCUGGAGAUCUACAAGCGGCUGUUCGAGACCAAGAGGAAAGAUCAGCUGAACGCGCUCAAGAACCUGGUGGAGCUGAAUGACAUCAACCAGCAGUACAAGAUCAUAGACAUCAUGCUCAAAGGGCUCUUCAAGGUGUUGGAGGACUCGAGACAGAUCCUGGUGGCGGCCAACAUGCAGCCCGACGACCCCUUCCCCAUGGACGACAAGAUCAAAGAAGCUUACUCCCAUGUGGUGGAGAACACGGCGUUUUUCGGCGACGUGGCGCUGCGUUUCCCCCGGAUCGUCCACCACUACUACGACCGCAACGCCGACUGGGGCGGCCUGCUGCGCUGGGGCCUGAACUUCUGCAACCAGACGGGAGUUUUCACGGGAGGAGCUCACCAACACGUCCUCACGCUGAUGUCACAGGAGCUGGGAAUAACGGAGAAAUCCCCAGACUUCAUAAACCCGUACCGCACAGAGAGAGAUGACGUGCUUCACACCGCUGAGGCCUUCCAGAAGAUCCUGAGGGAGGAGGAGAAGAGGAGGAGGAAGGAAGAGAAGAGGAAAGAGAUCCGAAAAGGCCCUCGCAUCUCCCGCUCUCGCACCGAGCUAUAGCGCUACACCUCCGUGCUUGUGAAGAAGACGAGGAGGAGCAGAAGAAGAAGAAGAAGAAGAAGGAGCAUACACACAAUCCACAGGGGGUGGCUUGACUCGUAGACUCUGACGGCGGCGACGACGAAAAGCUGCCGUCGCUUGUACAAAAAGUCAGGUGCUCUGUUGAGAAACCCUCAAUGUGACGGAGAAGUGGAGGAGCGGGUGAUGAAGAUGAAGGCCGGAGUCGCUGUAAGAUCUGCAGCGAUUCAUUCAUAAUUGGAAAAUCUAACGUUAUGUAACAGGUAAACGACGUCUCUGGAAAAACCAAUUAAGGGAGGCUCGUUUUUGGGUUGUUUUUUUUUUUUGAUAACUUGAGGAUUAUGUAACUGAACUUUGGAAUAUAAAUAAUUUUAGUAUAAUCUGUUUUCUUGGAAACGUGGCGACGCCCCCGCUGUAUUGUGUCUGGUCUGGAUUUAACGUGUCUAAAAACCCAUUCGCUUCGAAUAAUUGUGGUUGCCAAAUAUGAAUUUGACCUCAUUAAGUGUGUUUAUGGUUAAGAUGGAAAACGUUUAAUUAUUCUAUUUUCUUGAGCUGAGAUGUUUUUAGGUGACCUUCUGAGGGGAUGUUGGGCAGAUUGCUGCUUAAGGACUCAUUUUGUUUGGGGUUAAUUGUAUUUAUUUGCAUUUUUAUGUGUUUUUGACGCCAUCUGAGGGAAUCAUUCCUUCAUUUUCCUUUUUUUUUUGUUGAUCUUUUCCAAACCAUUCUACAUAUUUUUUACCCUGUUGUUGUUUUUGCAUAAAUGACUCUUAAUUAGACGUUUUAUUCUGUCAGAGUUACAGGAUGUGACCCUUCAUUUUGCAGCCUGGUGUCCUUUUUUAUUUUCUUUAUAUCUUUGUUCAGAUCUACGGGACUGAGGUUGAUGUAGUUUUGAAUCGUAUCAUGACUGUUAUAAAACUAUGUGUAUAUUCAGAGGAAGAAUAUCUUUGCUGCAGAAUGAACAAGCCAUUUUGUUAACAAAUUUAAUGAAAUAAAGUGACUCUGAUCUGUA